AUGAGAUCAGAUGAGAUUGAUAUACAUACAUGUAACACUGUAAAAACCAAUAGACAGUUGACGCAGGAUCGUAACUCCAGGAUGGGGACUGGUAACAAUGUUGAGCAAAUCAUAUCUUGUCCGGUUUGCAACAAGAAGGUUGGUUAUUCUAUGAUCAAUCAACAUUUGGAUACAUGCACAUCUAAUGGUAAACCACGUACCAUGACUAGCGUAUUGGGUAGAAAGAGGGGGAGAGAAACCCAAUCUGCACCGUCCAAUGAAGCUAAUACUUCUAACACUGCUAUGAAUACCACUGCUUUCUCUAGUGAGUCUGCAGGUCGGCCUGCUAAGAAACCACAAUUUGAUUCAGAGUAUCAGUGGUUACAAAAGAUUAGCCAUCUGCCGUUAAGUGAGAAAGUUCGACCAAGGGAAAUGACAGAAUAUGUAGGCCAACAGCAUAUAUUGUCACAAGAAGGUGGUACACUUUCCAAGUAUAUCAGACAAGGUAUCAUACCAUCAAUGGUCCUCUGGGGCCCACCAGGUGUGGGUAAGACUACAUUGGCGAGACUACUGACUAAAACCGCCAGCGUGCAUGGUAAAUUCCAAUACACUAUGAUAGAAACUAGUGCCACUAAGGCUAACACUCAGGAGUUGAGAUCUAUUUUUGAUAAGAGUAAAAAUGAUUUCCAUUUGACUAAGAGACGUACAGUACUUUUCAUUGAUGAAAUUCAUCGUUUUAACAAGGGACAACAAGAUUUAUUGCUGCCACACGUCGAGAAUGGUGAUAUUGUUCUCAUAGGUGCUACGACUGAAAAUCCUAGUUUCCAACUCAAUAAUGCACUGAUCAGUAGGUGUCAUGUUUUCGUUUUAGAACAGUUAUCCACCAAUGAGGCAUGUAUUGUCCUCUCCAGAGGUAUAGCUCUUCUUAACAAAUGUAGAAGAAACGUAUGGGGGGUGGAUAUACCAUUAAAGCUUCCAAGAUCAAUUUUAGAGUAUAUUGUGGAUCUUUCUGUGGGCGAUACGCGCAGAGCCCUGAACCUUUUAGAGAUGGUGGAAAUUUCCAGCAGGAGUAUAGACAGAGAAUUGAGUAAACAUGAUGUGAAAAAAAUGGUGGGUCAAAAUGAUAUCAAUACGUACUACGAUACGAGCGGUGAUAACCAUUACGAUACAAUUUCAGCAUUCCAUAAAUCCGUCAGAGGAUCUAACGAAAAUGCUUCUUUAUUUUAUUUGGCACGGAUGAUUCAAGGAGGUGAAGAUCCGCGCUUCAUUGCUAGAAGAAUGAUUAGAAUUGCAAGUGAAGAUGUUGGACUAGCUGAUAAUUCACAAUUACCGUUGGCGGUGGCGGCUUAUGAAACAGUAAUGAAAAUAGGGCUGCCAGAGGCAGAUUUAGCAUUAGCCCAGUGUUGUGUUUCAUUGUGUAGGGCUCCUAAGUCAGUUGAACUAUACCGUGGUUGGAAAAGGCUAAAGUCGAUGCUUGGUGAAAAUAAGUAUUCAAUGGCAAGUAGUGGGAUACCCCUACACAUUCGUAAUGCACCAACAAGGUUGAUGGAAGAAUUGGGAUAUAGUGAAGGUUACAAAUACAAUCCCGAUUACGUCGAUGGUAAAGUGAGGCAAGAAUAUUUCCCCCAAGAAGUUCUUGAACAAUGUUCCAAUUUAGAUGACUUAAAAUUUUUGGAUGGUCAACCCUUGGGGACUAAAACGGAUUCAGAUUUGAAAUAUUGA